AUGCACAGUACUGAUACUUACGACGUCCGGAGAGGCAAACGCAUCCCCAAACUCUUAACGGCAUACUUUCCCAACUACAUGGACCGCUUUGAGGCCUUGCUAGCCUUAAUGCGUCACUCCAAGGCCGCUGUAGCGGAUCUCAUUGCGGAGUCCUACAUGGAUCGGACCAAGCUCUCGAGCAAUCAUACCAACAAGCUCCGCAAUUUUAACAAGGACGUCAAGGCCGCGGCCAGGUUCAGUGGCAGAACGAUCACUGAGAACGGAAUCACCAGGAUUUACGACGUCGCUGGAAAUCUGGUCAAGCAAUUUUGCCGUCCCGAGAAGCGCCCGCUGAGCGAGUUGUUGGGCAACCGCUUGGCUGCUAUUGCAAAACCGAAGCGCGACAAGACGAGGACGACAUCUGGACCGACCUCGGGCAACAGCAGCAACUCGGAAUCGCCGGUGGGCGCGGCUGGUGGCUUUUUGACGCCCAUUCAAGAGGAAGACGAGAAUGUUGUGGCUGCCAGUCAGGGACAGGAAGAGGGUCAUUUGGACGAAGCCAGUGAGAAAAAUGAGAACGCGGGGGAGGCCUUUCACCACCCCAAGGCCUACCAGCAUUCACCAUGCAAUGAGCAAGCUUACGGCAGCCAUCAGUAUCCUACACCCGACGAGACUCAGCUGCUCGACGAACAAUCUAACCUCAACAUCUCGCAUAAUACGACCAGCCAGCAUCUGCCACUCGGCAAAAGUCCAACCAUACGGCACCCCACGGCCGACCAGAAUCUACUGCCGGGCGGACAGUCUGUCUUCUCCAACCAGUUUCCUACCACUGAGCAGGAUCUCUUGGUCAGCGGACUUUCCCACAGCAACAACCAAUACACGCCGGACCAGAGUCCGCGAUUCAACCAACAGGCAUACGGCAGCGAUAACUAUUUUACACCGGACUGUCACCAACAUGCGUUGGUCGGUGAACAGUUGGUGCAGCACUAA